AUGAUAACUAGUAUCAUACCACUAAUAAUACAAAAGGAGAUUAUAAAAUACUAUUACUUUACUGAUGAAGCACACCAAUUGGCUUUGGUUUGUAAACAAUGGUUCAGUAUUGUAUCUUUGACAUUGUCAUGUAUAAAGUCUGCAGAGAUACGUCAAGACUUUGAUUCAACGUUGGUUAAAAUGAUGAUUGGUAACCUAUCAAAUCAAUACUCUAUCAUCAAACAACUACGAUCGGUAACAUUAGUGACAUCAAUCAACACUGAAAUCACUCAAGAUCUUCUAGAAGGAUAUAUGAGAGCAUUUAGAGAAAACAAAUCACUGACAACUUUAAAACUAAAUUAUCAAUUCUUCUUUUCAUCAAUUAUAUCAACCAAUAUUCUCAGCAUAGUCUUGAAUGAAAAACAAGAGCUGCAAGAGAGAAUUAAAGAUGCAUUUUCACUCAAUACAACUCUUGAUUUCUUUUAUUAUGAUAUAACAGAUAAAGGUGGUGAUUUAUACCCAGAAUUUACUUGUCUAAAAAAAGAUAGAUAA